UGUCUGUUGUCUGUGUGACUGUGUGUUAUGCUAUUAUGUAAAACAAAAAAUUUAGAAAGCUAACAGAAAAUGUCUAGUCUGAUAAGAGUGAAUUUGAGGAGGAUACUUUUCAAUAAUGAUAACUUAUUAGAUGCAACUAGAAAUAUAAAAUUAUCGAGAAGUAUUACUAGUCGUUCAACAAGGUCCGUAACAGAUUCGCCUCAUAAACCAAAACCAUGGCCAUACCAAAACAAAAGUUAUACACUUUUAAAUUAUUUCUUUGAUAAAACAACAGCAAGGCUCGAUGAAAAUUCUAAGAUUAUUGUUGUUGAUGGUCCUGUUGCGUCAGGUAAAACAAAAUUUGCUAAACAACUUGCUAGUGAGUUAGAAAUGUUGUACCUACCAGAAGCUAAUUUAGAUAUGGUAUACAUUAAUAGUUAUGGCUAUGAUUUAAGAAAAUUAGAUGCACUAUUACCAGAAAGUUGUAGAAGUUUCGAUGUGAUGGAUUUUCUACGAAAUCCUAAACACAGACAUACAGCAAGAUUUCAAAUACAGCAGUAUAUCGUAAGAUUAUCGCAAUACGUAGAUGCUUUGGCUCACCUGUUCAGUACCGGUCAAGGAGUCAUUCUUGAUCGUAGUGUCUAUUCUGAUUUUGUGUUUACUGAAGCUAUGUUUGCUCAAGGAUAUCUUUCUAAAUUAGCUCACAAAAAGUACUAUGAAUUUCGUGACUGUACAAUAGGUGAACUCUUGAGGCCCCAUUUGGUCAUUUAUUUGGAUGUACCUGUACCUAAAAUAUUGGAAAACAUAAAAAAAAGGUCAAUCAGUUAUGAAAAAGAUUCCCCAGUUUUAAAUUCCCAGUACCUAGGGGUAAUGGAAAAACAAUAUAAACAAAAUUACUUAAAAGAAAUAAGUAAACAUGCCGAGUUAUUGGUUUACGAUUGGUCUGACGAAGGGGAUGUAGAAAUUGUCAUUGAAGAUAUUGAGCGCAUUGACUUCAAUAGAUACGAUAUUCAAGACCCACACCUUAAAGACUGGGUAUAUUAUCAGGAAGAAGAAUGGGCUUGCUUGCGUCAUAAAUAUGCUGAUCAGAAGGAUUCCAUUCUUAACUACUGCAAUGUACCAUGCUAUGAAGUUCCCGAAUUGAUCGUUGAAGCUUUAGAAGCCGAUACAUAUCAUAAAGUUAUGGCUGAGGCACCCGGAGAACAAUAUGAAAUCGGAUACAACAGUGCAGUGGGAGAUAAGGGCAUAUUAUUUAAAACAAGUAUUCCUCAUCGUGACACUUUGCCUUUGCGAGAAAGAAGGUCUGUUUCGGAUUAGGAAACUGUUAUUUGAAUAUGAAGAUUGGGUAAUAUAAUAUAUAUAUUGUGAAAUGUUACAUAUGUCAGAAAAUAAAUUUAAAGAUCAA